GGCACGUAACUGGACCUCCCCCGGGAGCGCAAAAUCUUCUCCCUCGCGAUAGUCGUCCUGAAGCGAUAUCAAAGACGUAUGAACUGAUGCUUCCCUAAAUCGUCAAUAAAUUCGGUUCAAAUAAGACCAAACAUUUUGUUAAAUACUCAACAUGGUACAAUAAUAAUAAAUAUUACUUUAUCUACACUGAGCCAAUGCUACAUUUAAGUUUAUCGUACAAAGGAGACCGAUCAUUAAAACUGGUGUCCGCGUUUCCUUCAGUAGGAAUGUUUUAAAUUUCCCGCGUUGAAGAGCCCAUAACAGUACCCUUUCCCGUCAGUCAGCCGUCUGGUACUGAGCACCAGGGAGGUGUCACGUAUUGCGACAACAGCCAAAAUUUGUGCAAAGAAUGACAUACCGUUUGAAUUGUGUACAGAGUUUUGUGGCAUGCCAUCUUUGUGGUAGGACUUCGUCGGUACAAAAACCUUCAACAUGUCAAGUGCCAAUCGUCCAAAACGAGACGAAAAACUCAAGAUGGAAAUAUAAAUACACGUUCUUGAUUUGUUUGCUGUGACUUGCAGUGAAUCUGCCAACAUGUGCCGUUCUUCGAGUUACACCACCACAGGGUGGGCACGAACAAAUCAACUCGGAAUUAGACUUACGAGAACCAGUCGAAUUGGGAAACUUCUCCCUUAUUGGUGAUCGUAAUUAUGUACAUGAUACCAGGAAAAUGGCUUAUCUUAUCGAGCCGCCGCAAGAUCAAAGGCUUGAUUGGGAUUUGAACGAGGCGUUUGAUGACCGUAUUCCCAAAAAUCACUCACUCAGUGAAAAACUCGACAAUCUUCUUAGGUGGAUAUGUGACAACGUCGAGAAAUUUCGGGCCCCCUGCGAUGGCGAGAACAGCAAGCUGUCUGGUUUGCAUACAGAUUUUGUUUCGUAUCGCGGUCUUCUGACCACGAUUAUGUGCUCAGUAUAUGAGCAAAAAGAAAACUGGAUCCUUGGUGUUACUCUAUAUAAAGGCAGUCGAUACCUUUGUCAAUAUUCAACACUCGAACAAAUUGAGCGCGAGAAAAAUAAAAGUGGUUGGUUCGAACGGGUUGCUGCAUGGGGUUACAAGUUCGAGCAGUAUAUGACCGCUUCAAGGCCCGGAGGGCGCCCUACGCCCCAGGAGCCAAUUAAUGAGAAAGAAGAAUUUUGCUCUGUGGUUCGCACUCGUUUGGGCCAACGGCAUUCACUUGUAUAUGGAGCGGAGGUUGACGGUGUGGACGACCGUCUGGUGGCCAAAUAUCCCGAAUACAAGCAUUCGACACGUCGCUAUGUCGAAUUUAAAACCUCGAGGUUCGUCGAAACUUCACGCCAAAGAAAAAAUAUGGCUCGUUUCAAAAUGGUCAAGUGGUGGGCUCAGUGUUACUUGAUAGGUAUACCUCGAGUGAUUUGUGGAUAUCGAACUGACGAUGGUAUUGUUGAACAGGUAAAGAGCUACCGGUUGUCCGAACUGCACGACGAAGGUCGCGAGUUUUGGAGCCCUUUGCGAAUGUUUCAUUUUCUUGAUAAGUUUCUGGAUUUCAUCAAAACAAAUGUUACUGUCGAUGAUCCAAAAGAAGUCGUAAUCUUCGAGUUUGUGCCUGAACAGCAAAUAAUCAACUGUAUGACGCUGCCAAAAGACCACGCCGAUUACAACCGAUAUGUAAUACUUCCUGAGUGGUAUCUUGUAAAAUUAGGCGAACACCUGGAUUAAGUUAAGCGUUCAUUUUUUUCGUUAUUCCAGUUAAGCUGAUAAGGUACUAAUUCUAAGUCGAAUCGUUCUUCCGAGAAUUCAAAUUGAUCCUUGUGUAAUAGCGGAGUCUUUGCAGCUUUGUUUUCUCGUAAUCGACAAGAUAUAUCACGUGUCCAUUUUAUCUUGGCAACGUGCGUAACACACACGGAUGCUGGUAUUGUUUGAAUACGGUGAAACUAAAAAAAAACCUGUUCUAACAAAAUUUUGCACAAAAUGUGUAUGUGUAUAAUGAAAAACAAAUUAGUCUAGUUUUUAUAUAAGGUCGGAAAACAAAUACUCGCCUUUGAAUUAACAAGAUAGAUCAGGCCGUUGAUCUAUCGAAAUGUCCUGCGUAAUAAAUAGAUUUAGCAAUAGCUAUAAUAAAUGUUAUGGUUAUAACUUAAGUAACUUGCCUAGUAUCUUUCAUUUAAAGACAUUCCAAUCCGGUCAUAACAAGAACGAGAAUAAUACAUAACAAUUAUAUAAUGUCCAUUAUAAAUACAACAGCUCGCCUUAUAUAGUGAUUACUGUCCUUGCAUUAUUAUCAGAUUAAGUUUUGAGAAUAGAAUCAAAUAUGAUU